CGCCAGACACAGCUUGUGUACCUGCCCCGUGGGUUAGUGCGCUGGGACUGAGCCGCCCGGAGAGAAGAGAGAGGGAGGCGCCUGCGGAGAGGAGAAGGGGCGUCUGAGCGCCCAGGGGGCUCAUCGCGGAGCCCGAGGCGAGGGUGUCUUCCUGACCUGCCAGCAAUGAUGGGCAAAAAACUGGAUCUCUCCAAGCUGACAGAUGAAGAGGCCAAGCACGUGUGGGAGGUGGUUCAACGAGACCUUGAUCUUCGAAAGAAAGAGGAAGAACGAUUGGAGGAACUAAAGGGCAAAAUCCAGAAAGAGAGCACGAAGAAGGAGCUGCUUUUGGACCAGGCUCACCUGAACGAGACCCACUGCGGGCACUGCCUCCAGCCCUAUCGCUUCUUGGUCAACAGCAAGCGGCAAUGCCUAGACUGUCACCUGUACACCUGCAAGAACUGCGGCAGCCACAACCACCGAGAGCAAGGCUGGGUCUGCGAUCCGUGCCGGCUGGCCAGAGUGGUGAAGACAGGCUCUCUCGAGUGGUACUACGAGCAUGUGAGAACAAGGUUUAAGCGCUUCGGUAGUGCCAAAGUCUUGCGCUCUCUCCACGGAAGGCUGCAGCAUGAUAGCUCACCUCUGCUGGGUCUUCACAACAGAGCCUACAGCCUGCCAGCUGUGAACAGUGGGGCACAGCUCUCUCCCAUUGGAGGCAGUGGGGAACGUGAGCAGACAUCAGAAGAAGAGGCUCUGGAUGGUGCAGAGGCUCAGCAUCUCAGCAGAGAAAAGCGGCUGCUGUCAGUUCAUCCCUUUGACUUUGAGGUCGACUCUGACUCCCCUGCUCAGUCUUGUCCUCAGUCUCUGCAGCUUUCUCCAAUGCCAACCCCCCUGGAUGAGCUUCAGACCUUCUCAGAUGCUGUGAGUGCCGACGAGGAAGCUGCCUCGCAGAAGGAUGCCUUGAUCACCCAGGCCAGCCUGGCCCCAGAGGGCCAGGACUCUCUCCAAGAGCAGGGACACAGCAGCCUGGAAGCCUCUCUGCCCAUGGAAUCCAGCCUGGAAAGAAAGCCCAGCCCUGAUGAAGGAACCAUGGGGAGUGACCAGCCCCAGCUCCAGUACUAUGCCAACAUGGAUGCCUCAGAGGAGGACAUUGAAGAGUCUUACAAGAUGGCAGCCCAUCCACCCCAGCUUUCCCAAUGCAGAAGUCGGACUUUCUCCCAGGAAAGCAUGGCUCACUCUGAGAUCUCUGAAAUGAAUCAGCGCAUACUGGCCAUUGAGUGCCUGCUGGCCCAGCUAGAGGGGAGAAUCCUGCUGCCCUGGGAGGAGUCCUUUGGGCCUGGCCCCCACACAGAUGCUGAUGUGGAAGAGGAGACCCUGAAGAGAAAGCUUGGAGAGCUGACCAGCAAGGUCAGUGACAAGGGAGGCUCUUCAGAGGAAGAAGAAGAGGGCCAGAGUGGGCUGAGUCCAGGAAGGAGCUCUGUACCCAGCACAGGGCCCAGUGAGACCCAGCAGGCUUGCCAGACACAUGGAGGGAAGACUAGGCCUCACACCCCUGCUUCAGCACUCUCCGAGCUGGAGGACCGAGUAGCCUUGACAACCACUGAGGUUCAGCAUGCAAAGAGGGAGGUGUCAGAUAUAGAAUCUCGGAUUGCUGCCCUCAGUGCUGCUGGACUCCCUGUCAAGAGCUGGGAGAGACCAAGGAAGAAAUCAAACCUACAGAUAUUUCCUCUCCAGCCCACCCAGAACAGCCUUGGGGAUGAAGAUCCAGAUGUCUCUGGGGCUAACAAAGUAAUGUCUAGGCCACAUGUCCAGAAGAGAAUAUUCAAUAACUCCCUUAAACUUCAAGACAGAGAUGAUGACCCUUUCAGCCGAAAAUCAGCUUACAGAGGGUCCUUGACCCAAAGAAAUCCCAAUGGGAAAAACCGAAGGUUGGAUCACAUCUUUGCAAAACCUGUAAUGACCCAGCAACCUUAAAGAAGACUUUCACCAUAGAAGCCAGAUAAAGAAUAACUCAUUUCCUCCACUAUCACUGCCAUUAUUUUCUUCUCCCUCCUCAGUUCCUCCUUGGGGAAAAGAGGAAACAGUUUGUGUGGGCUUCCAGCUUCAAGAUAAUAAUGGUUGUCAGCUUUUCCUCCAAGCUUCUGCAGAAUGAACUUAAGAAUAGAACUACAUAGCCCAUUGCAACCAACUUGCUACCUGAUGCUGUGUUUCUUUCCAGUUGGAUAUAUCUCUGAAUUCCAUAGGCUCAUAGAUUUAGAGCUAGGAGAGACCUUAGAGAGCAUCUGCUCUCUUAUGUGGGAUCAUAAGACCCUAGAUUCAGAGUAGGAUGAGACUUUUAAGGGCAUUUAAUCCAAUGCCCCCAUUUUACCCACAUCCUUGUGAGAUCCAGGGAAGGGGAGUUAUUUGCCAAGGUGACCCAGGUAAUAAGUAGCAAAGCUAGGCUUUAAACCUAGGUCCCUUCAAAAGGGGAAGUUAACCCUCAAAGGACCCAUUUAGAUAUCUACUAGAUGAUUGCUUUUCUAACCAUUGUUGCUACUACUAUAAUGAAAAGAAAGAAUUAUGAAAGGCCACUGAGAUCAAUAUAUAUAGAUGUGUAUGUGGGUAUGUUUGUACAUAUACAAGGGGGGGAGAGGGAGACAUAGAUUCACUUUAAUUUGGUGUUUUGAUGAAUCUCUAAUUUUAUUGGCAAGGAUACAACUAGUAAUAAUAAUACUGCUACUGAUAAUUAUAAUAGCUCACAUUUAUAUAGCACUUUUUAAAGCUUGAAAAGCACUUUAUGAACAUCAUCUCAUUUGACAGUCACGAUAACCCUAUGAGGCAGGGGCAGCUGUUAUUCCCAUUUCACAGAUAAGAAAGCUGAGACUUGCCCUGGGUCACACACCUAAUAAAGUCUGUGAGGCAGAAUUGUAUCCCAGGUCCUCCCGAGUCUCAGUCUAGCACCUAGCUCUGCUCUCUCCCCCAGUGGUGAUCAUAACCCCUUUCUUGCUUUCAUUUCCUGCACCAUUUUUGUCUUUUCUCAGAGCUCUCACUGUAGAAAGAGUGCCCCAUCUGGUUCUUUAAAUGUCUUGGGGCUGUCACCUAGCUGACCCAUGAUGACAUCUUUAGGGUAAA